UUAAUUAAAUUAUACAUCCAACUUCUAAAACUUUGCGAUCGCCACAAUUUCUAUCAGCAGUUGCAAUAGGCACUUGCCUAAGUACGUGACAGCAUAAUAAUCUUCAAUUCUUCGGCUCUUCAUUUUCGCUAAUUGUUUCGAGUCAUAAAAAAGUGUGUUGCAUUAAUUUUUAUCAGCUAAUACUCGAGCAAAAAUUGAAAUCUUCUUGAAACAUUGGAAAUCGAAAUCACAUGUGAUUGUAUAAAAAAGGAACGAAUGAAUUCGGACCGUUGGUAAACACGAUCGAACAUAUUAUCAAACGCAUAUAUCAACACAGUUGUCAACACAGCAGAACUCGAAUAAUAAAAGAAAAUAGCAAACAUAUCAAAGACUUUUGUUAGUUCUAUUGUAUCGAGAAGACAUGUGAGACAUAUUUUUUGAUAAAUGUGACUAUCGACACAUAACUUAAUUGCAUUUUGUGCUGAAAUCCUUUCAAAUCCAACAUUAUAGAAAAAAAGAAGUCCAAGCCUCUAGAUAUCAAUAAUUUUGCGAAGACGAAAAAUCAUCCCCCUCCAUAUCAAGAUUUAUUUUAGACUCCAAACGGCAACUUCUUCCUUCGAAAUCAGUCACCGAGCGAACUUCAUCUUUCAUUAAAGAACCUACCCAAUCGUAUAUUAUGGAAGAAGAGAAGCACGAGACUCUGAAUAUCAACAUUUCCAGCAAAUCAGAUGAGAAAUCAUCGCCUCCUGCCCCGUCAACGGAUUCCCCUGGAGAACCUUCCCAAUCUGAAAUUAUGGAAAAAAAGCAGCAAGAGCUUCUCCAUGUCGACAUUUCUGAUGAAUCAGAUGAGACAUCAUUGUCUCCUCUCAUGUCAACGGAUUCUCCUGGAGAACCUUCUCAAUCUGAAAUUAUGGAAGAAGUGCUGCAAAAGCUUCUCCAUGUCGACAUUUCUGACGAAUCAGAUGAGACAUUAUCGUUUCCUCCGAUAUCAACGGAUUCUCCUGGAGAACCUCCCCAAUCUGAAAUUAUGGAAAAAGAGCAGCAAGAGCUUCUCCAUGUCGACAGUUCUGACGAUUCAGAUGAGACAUUAACGUUUUCUCCGACAUCAACGGAUUCUCCUGGAGAACCUUCUCAAUCUGAAAUUAUGGAAGAAGAGCAGCAAAAGCUUCUCCAUGUCGACAUUUCUGGCAAAUCAGAUGAGAUAUCAUCGUUUCCUCCGAUGUCAACGGAUUCCCCUGGAGAACCUUCCCAAUCGUAUAUUAUAAAAGAAGAGAAGCACGAGACUCCGAAUAUCGAUACUUCCAGCAAAUCAGAUGAGAAAUCAUCGCCUCCUUCCAUGUCAAAGGGUUCCGCUGGUGAACUUUCCCAAUCGUAUAUUAUGGAAAAAGAGAAGCACGAGACUCCGAAUGUCGACACUUCCAGCAAAUUAUAUGAGAAGUCAUCGCCUCCUGCCACAACAUCAAAGGAUUCCUUUGGAGAAUCUUCCCAAUCCGAAAUUAUGGAAAAAGAGCAGCAAAAGCUUCACCAUGUCGACAUUUCUGGCGAAUUAGAUGAGAAAUCAUCGUCUCCUCCCAUGUCAACUAGUUAUGCUGGAGAACCUCCCCAAUCUGAAAUUAUGGAAAAAGAGCAGCAAGAGCUUCUCCAUGUCGACAGUUCUGACGAUUCAGAUGAGACAUUAACGUUUUCUCCGACAUCAACGGAUUCUCCUGGAGAACCUUCUCAAUCUGAAAUUAUGGAAGAAGAGCAGCAAAAGCUUCUCCAUGUCGACAUUUCUGACGAAUCAGAUGAGACAUUAUUGUUUCCUCCGAUAUCAACGGAUUCUCCUGGUGAACUUUCCCAAUCGUAUAUUAUGGAAAAAGAGAAGCACGAGACUCCGAAUGUCGACACUUCCAGCAAAUUAUAUGAGAAGUCAUCGCCUCCUGCCACAACAUCAAAGGAUUCCUUUGGAGAAUCUUCCCAAUCCGAAAUUAUGGAAAAAGAGCAGCAAAAGCUUCACCAUGUCGACAUUUCUGGCGAAUUAGAUGAGAAAUCAUCGUCUCCUCCCAUGUCAACUAGUUAUGCUGGAGUACCUUCCCAAUCUGAUAUGAAAGGAGAGAAGCACAAGUCUCUAAACGAUGAUACUUCUACCGAAUCAGAUGAGAAAUCUCUUGUCUUAUGGAGACCGCUUGCUCCACCGAUUCAGGAUUUGGAGGAAAAAUCGAGAAUCUACAAAUUGUUGAUGAGACAUGUAUUCACAAGAGAAUCACGUUUAAUAUUCAAUUAUAAACGCGAAAGAAGAAGCAGCUUACCGUCUACACCUAUUCCGGAACUGUUGGCCAUAUGUCCUCCUCCUCCGGAAUCAACCACUUCAGAAUUAUUAAAUGUAAUCGAGAAACCUAAUACAUCAAAGUCUGACAUUAACCUAGACUCUCAAUCUUCCAAAACAUGUAGUUUUACGAAACAAGCAAAAAUAAAAACGCCAAAAGAUUCUACGAACGAGAGCAAUAGCUCUACGGAUGAUGAACCGUAUAUCGAUGAAGAGCAAAGUACGCAUUCAGCAACACAUACUGAUGAUGAACCGUAUAUCGAUGCAGAGCAAAGUACCCAUUCAGCAACACAUACUAAUGAUGAACCGUAUAUCGAUGCAGAGCAAAGUACGCAUUCAGCAACACAUACUGAUGAUGAACCGUAUAUCGAUGCAGAGCAAAGUACCCAUUCAGCAACACAUACUAAUGAUGAACCGUAUAUCGAUGCAGAGCAAAGUACGCAUUCAGCAACACAUACUGAUGAUGAACCGUAUAUCGAUGCAGAGCAAAGUACGCAUUCAGUAACACAUACUGAUGAUGAUAUAAGAAAUCUUGAGUUAUUAGAUAAUCAAGAGAAGACUAUUGAGGAAUCGCCUCCUGAGUGUUCUGAGUGUGCACUAAUCCUGGUCGUAUCACUUUUGUUUGUUGCACUAACCCUGAUCGUAUCAUUUUCGAUUGCUGCACUAUUUUUUGCGUACUUAUUUCCGUUUGAUCCUCUUGGGCUUUCUCUAGGUCAGAAUCUUGAGCACACUGAUACUUUUACCUCUGUUAUUGUCGAAUUGGAAGAAAAGAUACUAGAUCAUGAUGAAACCAUACAAGCUUUAGCUGAAUAUCUUCAGCAAGAUACACCUCUUUUAAAAGUAGUAGCUCUCAUCAAUAAUGCAAGCGUCGAUAAAUCAUAUACAAUAGACAUCAUAAGAAACAAAUUUGCCAGAAGAAGCGGAAACGAACGUGUAAGUUUGUAUCCGAGCUUUACUGUUUUAGAAAAUUUGAGCCUAAAAAGUUUUAAAGUGGUCAUAGAUUUUGUGAACAUGUGUCAAAGAGUAUAUCCACGUGAUCAGCAAGUUACCAUAUUAGCGGAUUUUAAAAUUGAUGACGAUUUGACACAUAUAGACUUAAAUCGAGCUAUAAACACACUUAAAGAAACUUUAAUUAAAGCAAAUAUUAAUUUCAAAAUUCUUCUUUACAAACCUUUAAAUGAAGAAGCUUUAGAAAAAUACAUUCAAAAUAUGGCAGAAAAUAUUGGAAAAUCAUUCUCUCAAAUUCAGAUCGAUGAUAUUAAACGACAUUUGAUAGAAGGCAAUUGCAAAAAAGCCUAUGGUCAUUGCUAUGGUUAGUAGAAAAUAAAAAUUGUACAUUGCUUUCAAGAAGAUAAAACUGCAAAAAUUAUUGUGUAUUGUGUCUGAUAAAUGUCCAAUAAAAAACGGUAUUUUUUCGUACAUUUUUAAGGAUUGCAAUAAUUUUAAG